AUGCCAUUACACGAAUCUUUAAUCAUAAUAUACAGACCAGGCUUGAAUAGUAAUAAUAAAAAAAAUAUGUUUAGUAUUAGAUCAAGUACAAAUUUAUUAACAAAUAAUAUUAAAUAUUGUUUUACUAUUAGUAAACAAACUACUACUAUACAUUUAAAUAGAUAUCAAUAUAGUACUUCAUCUUCAUCAUCAGCAACUCUGCAGAAUAUAGUAGAUAAAAAAGUAGAAGAUAAUAGUUUUAGAGUAUUAUUUUUUGGAACUGAUCAUGUAUCAAUACAUACUUUAAAGAAAUUACAUGAUAAUUUGAAAAUUGAUCGAUUAAUUAAAGAAUUAGAAGUAGUAUGUCCAAAUAACAAAGAUGAAUUAGUAUAUCAAUAUGCAAAAAAGGAAGGAUUAUCAAUGUAUCAUCCAGAUAUUGAAACAGGAAUGAAACAAUUCCAAGUACCUGUAUCAUCAAAAUCUGGUAAACCAUUUGAUAUGGCUGUUGUAGUUUCAUUUGGUUAUUUUAUUCCAAAAAAAGUAUUAAAUACAUUUACAUUUGGAGGAAUUAAUGUUCAUCCAUCACUUUUGCCAAAGUAUAGAGGUGCAGCACCUAUUUAUCAUACAUUGAUAAAUGAUGAUAGAGAAACUGGUGUAUCUAUUAUUAAAUUGGAUCCAUUAAAAUUUGAUGUUGGUGAUAUAUUGGAUCAAACAAAAUACAAAAUCAAAGGAAAUACAUUGUAUUUGGAAUUAUUAAAUGAAUUGGCAUCGAUUGGAGCUAAUAGUGUAAUUCGGGUACUAGAUCAAUUUAAGAAUCUAAUUCCUUGGGCACAGGGAGAGGAUGGAGUAUCACGUGCACCAAAGAUAAACAAAGAUAAUGGUAGAAUAGAUUGGGAGAAUGAUACAUGUCAAGAUAUUUGGACUAAAUAUCGAGCAUUUAGUGAUACCAUUUCAAUCUAUACACAUUAUUAUUCAAAGAAAUCAAAAGCUUGGAAAAGAGUUAAAUUAUAUGAUAUGAUUAAUCCUCUUGUCAAAGGUAGUAAUAUAUUUGGUAUAGAUUUAAAUCAACAACAAUCACAACUAUCUAUGAUGAAUGAUAUAAUAGAAGAUACAAAACAUUUACAAUUAGAUCAUACCAUUCAAAAGAAUGGACAAUACUUUAUAACAUUUGAUAGGAAAAAAUCCUAUUUUGGAAUCAUUUGGGUUAAAUGUCUAGAUGGUUGGGUUGGAUUUAAAAGUGCUCAUGAAGAAGGAAAGAAACGUCUACUAGCAAAAGAAUUCUUUUUUGCCAAAGGUAUCAUUUCCCCAAUCGGGGAAAAUGAUCAAAAAACAAAUUUAAUCUCUACUCAACAAUUUAGAAUUAAUAAACAACAACAAGAAAACUAA